AUGCGAUGGGACUAUAUGACGCUAUGCCGCCUCACUCGCUGGCACCUCAUUCUCUCACGUUCCGCACUCCCCCUACUUCGCACGCCCUACUUCGCGUCUACUCCCCGCCGUCGACUCUCUCCUCCCAUCCGCCAUCGCCUCAACGUCCUCUUUCCCCACGCCGUCGCUUCUCCUCUUUCCCCACGCCGUCGCCUCUCCUCUUUCCCCACGCCGUCGCUUUUCCUCUUUCCCCACACCGUCGCCUCUCCUCUUUCCCCCACGCCGUCGCUUCUCCUCUUUCCCCACGCCGUCGCCUCUCCUCUUUCCCCCACGCCGUCGCUUCUCCUCUUUCCCCACGCCGUCCGCCUCUCCUCUUUCCCCACGCCGUCGCCUCUCCUCUUUCCCCACGCCGUCGCCUCUCCUCUUUCCCCACGCCGUCGCCUCUCCUCUUUCCCCACGCCGUCGCCUCUCCUCUUUCCCCCACGCCGUCGCCUCUCCUCUUUCCCCCACACCGUCGCUUCUCCUCUUUCCCCACGCCGUCGCCUCUCCUCUUUCCCCACGCCGUCGCCUCUCCUCUUUCCCCCACGCCGUCGCCUCUCCUCUUUCCCCCACGCCGUCGCCUCUCCUCUUUCCCCCCACGCCGUCGCCUCUCCUCUUUCCCCACGCCGUCGCCUCUUCUUCCUCUCUUGCCGUCGCCUCUCCCCACUCGAGCAAAUGCCUUCGUUCCCCCGCUUCAUUUUUCGCUCUGAUUCGCCCGUUGUGCUUUCCCAUCCCUUGUUCACCCUGCAACUCACCCAAGCGACACGGCAUAUCCCCAUCGAGCAAGCCUCGUCUCCAUCCAUCAUCUUCUUCACCUCGCUCUCCGAGGCUAUAUCAACCUGCAGGUUCCUUUACAGCAGCACUCUUCUUCUCACCAUCGUCCACCCCUCCCAUCACUGUAUCCCUCCUUGCGGUGCCAUGGAGGGAGGCGCAGCAGCAGCAGCAGCAGCGCCGGCGAGCAGCACGGCCUUUUCCCUGCCACGCUUCUACGACUACCCUCCCUACUUCACCGUGAGGGCUUGGAGGGGCGGGGAGGGAAGAUGGGUUGGGCAGGCGGGUCACAACGCACGUGUGCUGGUGAAUGUUGAGAGGGAGAAGCAGAGGGACGAGGCCGGAGGAGGGUUGGGAGGGGGGGGACGGAGGCAAGGGGUGAAUGGGGGAAAUGGGUGUCGAGGUGGAGGUGACAUGGGGCUUGGGGAUGGUUCUUUGCUUGUGUAUGAGAAUGGGGGCAUGGGUAGAACCUUCACCCUUAGAUAUCUCGCUACUAUUGCACCCCCCCCCCCACUUCUCUCUUACGCACUCUUAAAAAGGUUGCCGUAUCGAUUACAAGGCAAACUGACGUUCGAAGCACGGCAGGUCUUUCUCGAGGCUCUCGUGGCAGAAGGGCGGGCAGAGUGGACGGAUCGCAGUCGAACGCGGUGCCUCAUCCUGUGGAAGUCCAUCAACGACUGGGCCGACACGCUGCUGCAAUUCGUACGCCCUCCUCCCCCUCCCCCCUCUCAUGUGGUCCGUGCAUCAAAUGGUACAGCUGGUGAUGUCAACAAAGGCGGUGUAAUUUGA